UAACAUGACACACCGGUCCUUUGCUGGUUUGUCGAUAAUCUCUCCUCCCCCCCCUGCAAUGCACCCCCGACAGUCUUUACAGCUAGACGUCGGUGUCACCCCUCACGAACAUGAUCCUCAGGAACACACAGCUCGUCCUCGAGGAGACAACGACAGUCACGAUCAACUCUUGGACUUCGACCACCACCCCUCAUCGUACUCCUCAUCAUCCUCUAUAAAUGGCUCUGCAGUAGUACCAGGUCUUCCGAAAGGUCUUUCAAGACCUCUAACUCCUCAAGAACAAGAGAAGCUUGCUCAUUUGGACCGGCUAAAAUUCUUUCUUGCAACAGCACCGUCGCGAUGGAAUCCGUCACAGUCAGGAAGCAAUCAACCCCAGCACCACCCCCACACGCCUUCACAUCCUGCUUUGAAUCGGUUCUUGCUACCUUCGCAAGAGUUUGUUACUUGCGUAUAUUGGAAUGAGCUCUAUCAUAUAACAGGAACGGAUAUCGUGCGGGCUUUAGUCUUCCGAUUUGAGGCCUUUGGUCGUCCGGUUCGGAACAUGAAAAAGUUUGAAGAGGGUGUCUUUAGUGAUCUCAGAAACUUGAAGCCAGGGCAGGACGCAUGCUUGGAAGAACCAAAGUCACCAUUUCUCGACCUCCUCUUCAAAUACCAAUGUAUACGCACGCAAAAGAAGCAAAAGGUCUUCUAUUGGUUUUCGGUACCACAUGACCGACUGUUUCUCGACGCCCUCGAACGAGAUUUAAAACGGGAGAAACUUGGUAUGGAAGCCACAACAGUCGUCGUUGGCGAACCCGCUCUUUCUUUCGUCUAUGAUAGCACCUUUAAGCGUAGUCUUUACGACCAAUUCGUUCGCGCAGCUGGUGGAAAAGAUGGUGAAGGUGAUUUAGAAAGGGCAUUGAGAGGCAUUGGUGACAUCGAUCCUAGUAGUUCAACGAGCACCAGAGCACCAACCUCCACACGAGCAGGAGGAGGCGGAACGGACGAUGAAGCCGAUUCCAGCGGAAUAUCGGACACUGAGGGCGCUGGUACGGUCAGGUCCGGGGCAAAAGGCAAGAACACCCCUUUCUUCAACAUGAUGACUCUGUUCGAGGGGAGUCCAACUUAUAAGCAGAGAAGGAAGAAGACAAACAGGCCGAGUCCUUUGGCCGUCGCAGAUGACAGUCAUGACGGGUCUAGCUACGAAAAUGGCGGUUACACUGAUGAUGGUGGUUACCUCUCUGUCCCGAUGAAUAUGGGGAUUGCGAUGCCGACGCUACCAACUUCCGCUCCCGCAAAUUUCGAGUCCCGGGGCGGAGGAUAUGACCGCUAUCCUUACGACGGGGGUUUACGUCAAGUUAGUUCUUCGUAUAGCCCAGAACCUUCAGUUAAGCAGGAACCUAUCUCCGCCGCGGAUAUGUUCUUUGCUCAAGCUCGAGGCGAACUCCAUCCCCCUACCCGCCACAACACGCUACCUCAUUCACUCCAGCGCGGCCCUCCGUCUUCGUCUGUGAACAAACGACACAGUUACGCAGGUUCGACUGCGACUUCUACCUACGACAAUCCGGAAGGAGCUAUAGACCCGGCGACGGUGGGAGUUUGGUAUGAGGGCAGAUUUGCCGGAAGCGGUGUCGGCGUUGGGAGCGCAAGAUCUCAAGACCCCCCAAGAGCGCACAGUGCACAUGGUCCGAAUCCACAUUCACGGACUAUCGGUUCUAGCGACAGGGAUAAGGACAUCUCCUCAUCCUCCUCGUUCCCCCGUGUGACCGCCAACCGCACAGUUUCUUCAAAGACCGGCAAGAGGUCAACGGCGUAUGCCUGUCCGUUAUUGUCGUGCAGUGAACGGCUUUUCAAGGCACCGGAACAUUUGAGAAAGCAUCUAGCCACACAUGCGAGCGCCGCUCCUGGUAAAGGAAAGGAAGUGGAAAAUGGAGAGCGUGGUUUCGAUUCGAUGGAUGUAGGGGAGUGGAUUAACAAUGGAAUGGAUGAAGAUGAGGCUCUGUGUGGGGAUGUGGACAUGUCUGACAUUGGGUUCGGUGACGAUGCAGAGGCGUUGCAUAGGAGGAAUCGACAUCAAGGAUCUGCUUCUGGAGUUGGGACGAACCUCAACAUGUUUGGGAAGGUGUUUGGGACGGGGAUAGGGACGCCAUCCGACUUUACAGCAACUUCCAUAACCAAAGAUGGACCAUCGUUACAUAUGUACGAGGUUGAGGUCGAUGGAGAGUUGGUUGAUGUUCCCGGAGGCGAGGAGGGAUUGGUUAGAGUCGCUUCUUCUGCCGGACCUGGAACCAGUUCUCGGCAAGGGAACACUGUGGAGGAUGAGAGAUUCCUUGAUACUCAACGAUUUAGCUUUAACGUUCCUAUUCCUGGAAGAACUGACAACGAACGACCGCCCAAUUACGAUGGGUAUGGGAGCUCUUACGAAAGUGGCUACUAUUCCAGCGGCGAUCAAUCACAACCAGCUCAUGCAGCCCACGACUGGGCACAUGCUGACCCAGCUUACAGUACGACCUCAUCUCCCGCCAUCCCAACAAGCUCGUCAGCUGGGUAUCCACCUCAGCAGCAAUACGGUGCUCACGGGAGUUCAUCAAGACAGAACUCUGGGUCGAGGCCGUCAACUGGUGUAUUCGACGUCAAUGUUUACAAUUCCGCUCCCAGCAGCUCUAGUGCACCAUCCCAUAAAGUCGGUUUCGAAUCUCCUUUUGCAUAUUCGGGUGCGUCUGCACAAGAGAACGGCAGCUCCAAUUCAUACGAGUCACCUGGCAUACCUUCACACACCCUUUCCAUGGACUCUGGCUUAGCAUCAUCACAAUCGCUUCUGCUCAGUUCGUCGUCAUUGAACGCUAGCCUCAACGGAGGCCCUGCGAGAAGACACAGAAGCAUGACGCCAAGUCUAUACGGUAGCCAUAGGCAUCAUGGGAGACCGGUUUCUUCUUCUGGGUACUAUCCCUCAGGAGGGAGAAGUUCACCAGGAUCAGUGGAUUUUUCCAUCGGCUAUCAUCCAUAUGCUAGCAGGAGUACCAGCGCUCUUAGUGCACAGUCGAGUCCUGCAGUUGGGCAAACCGGACUACCGCCCGCCCGAAGUGAUAGUCGGGCGAGCAAUCAUUUGAUGAGACCUGCAAGUUCGGCAUCGAUGCAUUCUGGGUUUGGGGAUGUUUAUAGGAGUGAUAGCCCCAAAUCGUAUAAUGGAAUGAUGACUGAUAGUCCGGCAGCUUUUGCAAUGGAUUUGCCUUCGAUGGGGAACACCAACUCUUCUAUUUUCGGCCACAAUGUCUCAGGGCAACCCUCACACACCAUGCCUUCGAUUAACGGCUAUACCGGGAAUGAAUAUCUAGGACGGGGACAUUUGGAAGGUGGUUAUUAUCCCCAACAUGUCAGUACGAUGUGAAGUAUGAGGUGGUUAAAGUUUUUGACUAGUCCCGCUUCGUUUGCUUAGGACGUCGAACGUCCGAAAAAUGCGUUAUAUUUAUUCCAUUAUAUUAUCAUGAUAUCCUUAAUACCCUCUUAUCAUCUAAUUCUCACGGCGAUUAACUUGUAUUCACGCUUUCACUCCUUUUCACAGGUGGCGUAUCUCUGUCGUUUUGUUAUCAAUGCUCCGGUGCAUAAAAACCGAUGUCGUUAUACUGUUAUCGAGAUACCGAUAUGUCCUCUCUCUCUCCUUCCUAAACAACCUGAAUCGAGUUGUAUGUCUUUACUUGUAUAUCUUCUAUAAUGUACAUACAGGUGCACUAUCUUAAAUUAAUGUAUAUCUGUCUCGAAACG